CCAAAAUCUAUAUAAACCUACCCCAGUCUAUUUCUUCACUCUCUCAGCACCAGCUCGUCUGAAACUGGCAUUUUCUCCGAUGAAAAGAAUGCCGGAAAAACCACACCCGAAGAUCCCUUAAAGACGAAAUACUGUUCUCUCUCUCUGAAUUAAUCUAAAUCUCUUCUUACAAGCAUGUCGUUCUUCGACACGGCGUUCCUCAACAGCGAGCUCUCAAAGCCGACGUCCAUCUUCGGCCUCCGUCUCUGGGUCGUGAUCGGGAUCUGCGUUGGCGCAUUCAUUGUCCUCAUCCUCUUCCUCCUCUCCCUCUGCAUCACCUCCCGACGCCACAAGCCGCCGAAGCUAGCGACCGCCUCUGCAGCGGACCCCACCCCCGUCGUGUCAAAGGAGAUCCAGGAGGUCGUCCACGUGGCAGCGCCGGUACCCGAGAUCCAGAUCGAUAUCGGGAAGGCCGAGCAUCGGAUUGUGUUCUCGGACCGGCCUUCGUCACAGGCGAGUGGGGAGAGCCGGUCCACGACGGCAACUGACUCCGCGUCGAUGGCGGGGGGGCCGCCCGAGGUUUCGCAUCUCGGGUGGGGGCAUUGGUACACGCUGAGGGAGCUGGAGGACGCAACGGGUGGGCUGGCAGAUGAGAACGUGAUCGGAGAGGGCGGGUAUGGGAUAGUUUACAGUGGGGUAUUGUUGGAUAAUACGCAGGUUGCUGUGAAGAAUCUAUUGAAUAAUAGGGGUCAAGCUGAGAGGGAGUUUAAAGUGGAGGUUGAAGCGAUUGGGCGUGUUAGACACAAGAAUCUGGUUAGGUUGCUUGGGUACUGUGUUGAGGGAGCUUACAGGAUGCUUGUUUAUGAGUAUGUAGACAAUGGUAAUCUAGAUCAAUGGCUUCAUGGAGAUGUAGGGCAAUUCAGCCCUUUAACAUGGGAUAGUAGGAUGAACAUCAUUCUUGGAACAGCCAAAGGCUUGGCCUAUCUUCAUGAAGGCCUUGAACCGAAGGUUGUCCAUCGGGAUGUAAAAGCCAGUAACAUACUACUUGAUCGUCAAUGGAAUCCGAAGGUCUCUGAUUUCGGGCUUGCAAAGCUCUUGUGUUCUGAAAGGAGCUAUGUGACGACUCGUGUGAUGGGGACAUUUGGCUAUGUAGCGCCAGAAUAUGCAAGCACUGGUAUGCUGACUGAGAGAAGUGAUGUAUAUAGCUUUGGAGUGCUGAUCAUGGAAAUAAUAACUGGGAGAAAUCCUGUCGACUAUGGUCGACCACCUGGAGAGGUGAAUUUGGUGGAGUGGUUGAAAACCAUGGUUGGAAACCGAAACUCGGAGCAAGUACUGGAUCCCAAGAUUGCUGAGAAGCCUUCUUCAAAAGCUCUCAAACGGGCUCUUCUGGUUGCUCUCCGGUGUGUAGAUCCAGAUGCACAGAAGCGGCCCAAAAUGGGGCAGGUGAUCCACAUGCUUGAAGUGGAUGAUUUGCUGUUCCGUGAAGACCGUCGGAUAGGGCUAUGUGAUCUUCCGCAUGAAAGCCAGGUUGCUAGAUUGAUGGAUAAGCAGUCAGAUACAAGUGGCAGGGAAGGUGGCAGCUCAGAUGACAAGGGGGAGACAACAUGAAACGAAGAGGUGACUCAAAAUUCAAGUUUGAGGUUUUGUAAGCUCUUUGAUUUCAUCCAUUCAUUUUUUGGGCCAUUUCAUAAUCUCGAGAAAUGCUUGUUGCUGAAUCAUAUCUGGUCUUUCAAUUGUAUUCUACUUUCUUCACCUUGAUAAUCUUUUUUGCAGCUUGUUCAUUUUUGUCAAUGCAUUGUAACAUAGCGAAAGUGAAUUUUUUCUCAUUCAUAAUCCCAUCAUACUUUACAUA